CUGAGCCGCUGGCCAAAGAGGGACCCCUUCGCUUCGCCCUUCCUUCUGCGCAUGUACAGAGCGCCUCUCCUGCUUCGUCUGAGGCUCCGGCGUUGCUGGUGCUCCUCGUCCUUCCCUGUCAGACCUUGGAGCGGCGGCGGCGGGGCUGCUGCUUCUGAGGAGGGCGCACCUUCCGCUCCUGGACUGUCGGCCAUGGCGAGGGUCCCCCUGCCGAUGCCUCUGCCGGCUUCCGGGCCGGACCGUCAGUCGGCGCUGUUGGCGGCGGCGUCCGCGCUGCGCGCGGGCGGCCUGGUGGCGCUGCCCACCGACACGGUCUACGGCGUGGCCUGCCUGGCGCAGGACUCGCGGGCGCUGGGGGCCGUUUACCGCCUGAAGGGCCGCGCCGCCAAUAAGCCCCUCGCUAUCUGCCUCGCCGACGUCGAGCACGUCUACAGGUACUGUAACGUUUGCGUGCCUGACAAGCUGCUGCAGGAACUCCUUCCUGGGCCAGUGACGCUGGUCCUGGAGCGCUCAGACACCCUCAACAAAGACUUGAACCCCUUCACCCCUUUAGUUGGUGUCCGCAUCCCCAGUCACUGGUUCAUCAGGGAGCUGGCCAGGGAGUGUGCUGGCCCUCUGGCCUUAACAAGCGCAAACAUCAGUCAGGGGGCGAGCUCCCUCACAGUCACGGAGUUCCAAGAACUCUGGCCUCACCUGUCACUUGUAAUUGAUGGGGGCCCCACUGGGGACAUCCAUAGACCAGAGUCCCGCCUAGGCUCUACCGUGAUUGACCUUUCUGUUCCUGGCAAGUUCAAGAUCAUCCGGGGAGGAUGUGCACUUAUUCAGACCGUUGAGAUCCUGGCAGUCAAGUAUGGCCUGACAGCUGAUCUGCCUAUAUGUGGUCAACUCACACAGUCUCUGGGCAAGUAGAUGGUGUGUGACAUAUCAGGAAGCUGUUUGCAAGAGCCUUGUUCUGGAAAGUAUAACUCUGCCCUUCUUGGGUGCAAAGGGAGCCUCCCUUCCUUUCCCAGUCGACUUCUGUGACUCCAGAAGGAUCUGGCCCUGAUGGGGGCGAAGUAUUUUCUCCUUCCUGGCAUUUCCUUUCGGAUUUAGGGAGGGGCACACACUUCUGUGCCUAAGUAUCCCUCCCUUUUAGGAAGUCUGUCCUCUCUAUCCCUUGAACACUUGGCCUGGAGGGGUUGAAGCAUUUGAACAAGACAGUGCAGCUGACAAUCAUGGAGUGUAUAGAAAAGCAGGAAGAUGCAUUUUGAGGGGCCCUGGUAGGUGGAGCUUGCCUGUGACCAGGGGGGGACCAAACUGCCUUGAACCCAGCUCUUCUGAAAACAGAGACCAGACCAGCCACUGGCGGGCAAGCAACAGGCUGCGCUUUUGACCAAUAUCAUUAAAAUGGAAACCUAGUG